GUACUGAAAAAAAUCGAACACUUUCGCCGCGACCUCUAGUAACCGAAGUGAAUUCAUCCAACAUGGUGCUGGAAAGUACAAUGAUAUGCGUCGACAACAGCGAUUAUAUGAGAAAUGGAGAUUUUGUACCCACUAGAUUGCAAGCGCAACAAGAUGCCGUUAAUUUGGUGUGUCACAAGACUCGGUCAAAUCCUGAGAAUAACGUUGGCCUCAUAACUCUUGCUAAUGUCGAAGUAUUAGCAACACUCACAAGUGAUGUUGGCAAGAUCUUGUCCAAGCUUCAUCAAGUCCAGCCAAAUGGGAAAUUGUCUCUCAUUACAGGCAUUAGAAUUGCUCACUUAGCGCUGAAACAUCGACAAGGCAAAAAUCACAAAAUGCGUAUCGUUGCGUUUAUCGGAAGUCCCAUAGAUAUCGAUGAGAAAGAAUUGGUGAAAUUAGCUAAGCGGUUGAAGAAGGAGAAAGUAAAUGUCGAUGUCAUAAGUUUCGGCGAAGAAAGCAUCAACAACGACGUAUUGACAGCCUUUGUGAACGCUUUAAACGGCAAGGAUGGUACCGGAAGUCAUCUUGUUACUGUCCCGCCAGGACCGCAUUUGUUAGACGCUCUGAUUUCAUCUCCCAUCAUUCAAGUUGAAGACGGAAUGGGCGCAGCUGGGAUGGGUAGUGCUGCCUUCGAAUUCGGUGUCGAUCCCAAUGAAGAUCCCGAGCUUGCAUUGGCUCUGCGCGUCUCCAUGGAGGAGCAACGACAACGACAAGAAGAUGAAGCACGUCGCGCCCAAGCGAACGAAACCACUGCGAGUAAACAGCCGGAGAUCACAAAGGAAGCUCCCAACGAAGAAGCUAUGCUGAAACGCGCCCUCGCUAUGUCUCUUGAAGGAGCCGACGAAUCCACAGCUUCUACAGAAAAUACCGUUUCGGCCGGCAGAGGCACAGUACCAGAUUUUACUAAUAUGACGGAAGAAGAACAGAUCGCCUUCGCUAUGCAAAUGUCCAUGCAGGACCAGCAAGAGUUAGAAUCGCAAAAGGAAGAGGCAAUGGACGUCGAGGAAGAUUACGCAGCUGUCAUGUCCGAUCCCGCUUUUCUGCAGUCGGUUCUCGAGAACUUGCCGGGGGUGGAUCCGCAUUCGGAAGCCGUUCGUCAAGCUGUCGGAUCGCUGCAGCAAAAUAAAGACAAAGAAAAAGAGAAAGAAAAGGACAAAGACAAAAAAUAAACCGUUCUCUUUCUUAGUUUGCUUAUAUAUUUACUCUGUUGGUUAAAUUCGAAAUUUUUCAUUUAUAAUAUAUGUAGCUAUCAAUCUUGAUUAUAAAAUAUACUAAGAUCUAAAACUGCCUCUUAAACACAGUUUCGAAAUCAUCAUUACAAAAUA